AUAUAUAAAUGAUAUAAAAGCUACUUAGAUGCCACCAAAAGCUAUAGACAUCAUUGUCAUGUGGGCACAGACGACCUCACCAAGAAGGCGUUGCGCUCCACCACUGUUGGUCAGGCUUCCCAAGCGGGCGUGUCUCUUUAGCGAUAUAACUCAUUGGCCGUGUAGACCAGAUCCAAAAAAAAAUAAAAAAUAAAAAAAAUAAAAAUAAAGUGUAAACCAGAUCCUGAAAAAAUCCCACUUAAUGGUUGGAAAAAUACACUUUGUGUUUGUGACCAUCAAGACAUUUCUUUGUAAUGCAACUGUUAAAUAUUUACAUUUGGCUUAUUAAUUAAUUAAUUAAUUAAUUGAUUGGUUACCAUGGCGCCGCGUGUGUGGCAGCUUAUCUGGGCAGCUCUACCUUUUUGUGUUCCUUACUUUGCGUUUUUUAAUAUUUUCUUCCACCUUAUUUGUGUUUUUUGUAUUUUUCAACAACUAUUACGAAGUUCUGCGACAAAGGACGGGAACAUUAUUACUUUUGCUUUUUGUUUUUUUUAUUUUUUCUCAACUCAAGCUCGGGGGAUCCGUUAGGAUGCAGCUCCAUUGUUUACACUCGAGAUCAGUUGUUAGCUCUUAACCGAGCUGAGAUUCUCCUCGCGGGAAAGCCAGAUGUUCCAGCUGAAAUACGGAGGAAACGACGAGGCUGCAGAGCUGGAGUUAAACGCCGGGAGAGAAGACGGAGCGGGUGUACCGGGAGAGCAGCCUGCUGUGUUUCACCGAGACGUGGCUCCACCAGGAAAUGACAAACUCCGUGGUCUCAGUUAACGGAUUCACGCUGGUGCGGGCGGACCGGAGCGCGGCGCAGAGCGGAAAGAAGAAAGGCGGUGGUCUGGCGGUGUUCGUGAAUGACAGAUGGUGUAACCCGAACCACAUCACUGUGAAAGAGCAGCACUGCAGCAAGGACAUUGAACUGGUGGCAGUCAGCGUUCGGCCGUACUACCUCCCACGGGAGUUCUCCCAUGUGCUGGUGGUGACUGUAUACAUCCCUCCGUCGGCUGACGCUGCUGUCGCUUGUGAGCGCGUGCACAGCACCGUGUCCCAGCUGCAGACACAACACCCACAGGCCCUGAUCCUCAUUUCUGGGGACUUUAACCAUGCCUGCACCCCCCUCCCCGCCACCCUGUCCAACUUCACCCAGUAUGUGAACUGUCAUUCAAGGGACAAGAAAACUCUGGACCUUUUAUAUGCUAACGUCAAGAAUGCAUAUACUUCUGCCCCCCUCCCCCGUUUAGGACGCUCUGAUCACAACCUGGUCCAUCUCUCCUCUGCUUACACUCCAGUGGUGAAACAGCAGAAACCACAGAUUAAAACGGUGAAGAUCUGGACUGAGGAGGUAACAGGGCGAGUAAGGGACUGUUUUAGCACCACAGACUGGGACGUUCUCUGCAGUCCACACGGGGAGGACAUUGACAGUCUUACUGACUAUCACGGACCAUGUCAAUUUCUGUGUGGAAAACACAGUGCAAACAAAAUCAGUGCAGUGUUUUUCCAACAAUAAGCCCUGGGUCACUCCUAAGCUGAAGACCCUCCUAAAUGAGAAGAAGAGGGCUUUUCUCUCUGGGGACAAGGAGGAGCUACGCAGAGUACAGA